AUGUUAGAGGACGUUGUAAACUCCCUGAUAACACGUUUUUUGGGAGAAUAUAUCAAAGACAUAGACAAAAAGGACCUUAAGGUCUCUAUGUGGAAAGGAGAUGUAAAAUUGAAGAAUCUGGAAAUAAAAACUGAAGCGCUCGAUUUUCUACAGCUGCCUGUGGAUAUCAAAUCUGGAUUCAUUGGAGAGUUAAACAUUCGUGUUCCUUGGAAGGAGAUUGGCAGAAAGCCUACGAAGGUAAAUAUUAGCCAGAUAUAUGCAGUCGUCUGCCCUCGCUCAGAAGUUCAAUACGACGAGGAAUCGUUCAAACUCCGUGAGAUCGAACUGAAACGCCAACGAUUGAAGGCAAUUGAUGAGAAGGAGGCCAAGAAAGAAAAAGAGCUGCAUGAGAAAGAGGAUAAAUCUCUCAUAGGAAAUCUUGUGAGCCAGAUCAUUCGCAACUUUGAACUACGCAUUGAAAAAGUCCAUCUUCGUUACGAAGAUCACAGCUCGGAUCCGAAGCACCCUUUUUGCUGCGGUCUUACCCUGGAUUCCUUGAUCAUCUCUCCCAAUCAGGAGAAGUCCCUCUCUUCUGACAGUACUUCCAGUGCAGACGCGAACGCCUCAAAGCCAGUUUCGCACAAUGGCGUCUUUUCGAAGGAUAUUAUGGUGCAUCUGUUGGGCAUGUACUGGGACUCGGACAAUUCACAGCAGGUGAAUACCUCCAAUCCCAAUGCGUUGAUCGAAGACAUGGGCAUCGCGUUCAUGAAUCGCAAUACGACCCAAUCAGCGUUGAUGCCCCAGAAUUACAUCAUGCAUCCUUGUACGCUUGGAAUUGGAUUGCAGAUGGAUAUUCGAGGCGUAGAACUUCGAAAGCCGACACCUGAGGAAGCAGCGAAUCGUGCUCUGAGCGAUCUAGAAUGGAACGCCGAGGUGAUCGUGAACCAAAAGUUCGUGAAAACGUAUAUCAAGAUUCGGAAGGACGCUGUGCGCGGUCGAAACGAAGACGAAGAAGAAAAGCUAUUCUUAGACAAGUUUAAAGAGACUACGCAUCCGUGUUUGCGCGACGAUGCUGGCGAUGCGCGACUUGAAGAUUUUGGCGGCAAAUCUCAGCUUGCAGAGCAAACGGGCGCAGAUCGGGAUUCGUCGCCCCACGUCAAGCGUUGUCAAGAAAAUAUCCUUAAACUUAACGAGCAGCCGAGAAAAUGGUGGCGCUAUGCGAUCAACUCGGUGAUUAAAGAGAAUAAGAAGAAGCGCGCAGCGACAACAUGGAAGGAUUAUUUAGCGUUUAAGAAGCAGCGCGAUACGUACAUUACGCUGUAUAAACGCGUGCUGAAAUCGCCGUUCCUCCCUUCCAUCAAGAAAGACAAAAAAGCGUUGAAGCAGAAGCAGGAAUUGGAGGAUUUGUUCUCUGUCGAAAACACGAUUCUCUUCCGAAAAAUGGCGCAAUACGAGCUUCAGAAAGAAUUGAAAUCGCGGUCUGCGAGUGUGAACGAUGAAGACGACGACGAGGACGACGAGGAGCUCAUGCGAACUGAGUUGUAUAAGGAGCUGGAGCUGAACGAAGAAGAACUGAAUCCGUGGGAGGGCGGACAGCCGAUGGACGUGCAGAUCUCCGUGGAUUUCUUCUUGGGAAGUUUCCUUCUGAUGCUGAAGAAGAAGGAACAGCGACUGAUGAGCGUGUGUGUGGACGGAGUUUAUCUGCGUGCGUACAAACGAAAGAGUUUCUUGGAGUGCUGGUCGAUGAUUCGCGAUGUGAAGGUGCUGGACGACAUCACGGCCAAAACGAAGUAUUCCAGCAUCGUUUCGAUUCGUCUUCGAUCCGCUGAAGCGAUCCCGACCUCGAUUUUGAUGACUGACAUGUAUCAACGAUACAAGACCCCGUUCUUCCAGACCCAUAUUGAGAUUCCAGGACUGGACAAUUCGUGCGGAAUGCGAGUGAACAUGGCGAUGGAGACGAUGGACAUCAUUGUGAAUGUGCCUUGGCUGCUGGAAGUGAUGAAGUUUUUGGUGCCAGAGAAUAUCAUCGUGAUGAGUUCUUAUGAGGAAAAGGCGUACAAUCUGAUCACAUCGCUGCGGAACGGAGAUUCAAACAUUAUGGCGGCUCUCCGAUCGAAUAAGGGAAUGGAGUUGAACGUCAAUAUCUGCCCCAUGAAUCUGAUCAUUCCGAACUACUGCACAGGUCAUCGCUCAAAGAGCAUGCUUUUGAUCUGCCAGUUGGGCGAGCUUGCAGUGACUUCCAAGCCGAACCAAGAGCUGACCGAAGACAUCGCGCAGUACGACGUGGAUGACUUGUACAAUACCAUGUCGAUCAGUAUCAAGGAUAUUUCGGUCGGAUUAAUGGACGGACGGGUGUUUGCAGGAAGGGAUUUGUCGGUUAUGCCGAUCCUCUCUGCCUAUCCUCAGGCGAUGCUCGUUCUCCCAUUCCAAAUGGGGAUUACGAUGCAAACCUGCAUUGUGAACGAGGUUCGUUACAAAUCAAUGCGGAUCGGCAUCUCCAUCGGACUCGUUCAUGUCCGCAUCACCUCCGAGCUCAUUUCCUCUCUCAUUUCGUGGAGCUACGGUAUUCUUCCAGUGUUCGCAGAGAAGCAGAAGGAGUUGGAUAUCGACGUGAUGAAGCUUCUUCUGCAGCCCAAGCAGCUUCUCUUCAGCUGCAUUGCGUUCGAUGGCUCGCCCUAUCUGGAAGACCACUCGAUCGACGACUGGAAGUCCAGUUCCAACAAGCAGCAGCGCAUUCUCUACCAGGUGAUCAAACAGCAUCAGAAGGAAUAUCGCCGUCCGCUGUGUGAUCUGAGCGAUACGGUGACUUCUCCCGUACCGAUUCACUCUCCGAUGGCUUCGAUAUCGCCCAUUGCGCCGCUGUCGCCAAUCGAAGAGCCCUUGCAUGGGGUUGUUCAUCUUUCAUACGAGGACUUGCUGCUCCUUCAAUACAAGCCUUCAAUGGAGAUCGAAGUGCAAUUGGACGAGUUGCGGCUGUCCCUGAACCCGCAAAAGGGCGAUUCCUUACUGGACAUUUCGAUGCAAGACAUGGCGAUUCAUUACUUGGAUCACAUGUACGAUAUGGAUGUGGACAUUACGAUUCCUACCCUGAACAUCUUCGAUAAUGUUCGUAAAGAAGCACUUGAAAAGCAAGGUAUUCCGCUAACCGACGCUCCCACACUCAUAUCUUCCACGCCUGAGUGCGGCUCUCCCUUCUUGAAGAUGAAAUUCUGCACAGUGGGGGAGUUGUCCAUGCUGAACGAAGUGUACAGAGCGGCGACGAACAUGUUCGUGGAAAUGGGCGUCGUGAGUAUCCACGCGAAUGCCAGCGCCAUUCAGCCCAUUCUGUCGAUUCUCCCCGAGAUCCCGCCGUUCCCUUCUCUAGAAGAUGGAGACAAAGCGAAGCCUCCCUCCGAGCAGGAAGUGGCCAGUCCGACGAUCUCUGCCCAUCCGCAAGAAGCGCAGACGGAUAUGCACGUGAGAAUGCAGUCGGCCUUAGUGGAUAUGCUGUGUGACAACAAUGUUCCCAUCUUACUGACCUCGAUGAAUGGAUUCAGUCUGGAUUUCACGCAGGCGACGGAGCAGACUCACAUCUCGAUGGGGAUUGACGGAGUGAAGAUCACAGAUCUUACGCGUGGAGCCGAGAAAUAUCCCGACGUGCUGUCCACUUCGGUAUCUCCCUUCCUCUCUGCGGACAUUCUGCUGGUGAAUAGCAGUCUGUACAACGGCGUGAACGACACCACCAUCAAGCUUCAGGUAUCUGCGCCGAUCUUGGCGUUGCGAAUGCGAUUUGUGAAUGAGUUGCUGGAGUAUAUGAAGCACGGAAGCAUUGGUCGUUUGCUAGCACCCAAAGAAAGCCAAGAGAGCGAAGUGGUGGAGUCUGCUGAAUGUUCUGCAGAGGCUGUAGCGUCUACAGAGCCAGCAGAGCCUGUGGAGCAGACGGAGGCAGUGGAGUCGGUAGCCUCUUUGCACAGUCUCAUCGAUUCCUCGGUGAACGGAUUGUUCGCAUCGCUGGUGCAGUCGAACAUCAUUCGGGAAGUGGUUUGCGAGGGCGUGGGAACGACGUACGUGCUGCCAAAGGCGGAUGUGUGCAUUCAGAACAUCGUGGUGCUGAUUCCGAGCUCAAGCAGCAGCGACGAGUGCCUGCGAUUUGAGAUGGGCGAGAUCCAACUGCAAAACAGCAGCGAGGAGCAAAUGGUGAUGAGCGGAGACGGAGACAAGCUGCUGGAGUCGAUGACGGAGAGUCCAUUAACCACGCAGUUGCUGCUAUCGAUUCACGGAAUGUGCAUGGAGUCGCAGUUUAUGGAUGAUGUGAGCGGAAAGAUGCUACAGCAGAAUGUACUCCAUCGGACCAACAUCGAUAUGAUUAUCACGCUCAGCUCUGUGUUCAGAGUGAAUAUCAAUCUGUCUCCGAUCGUGAUGACGCUGAAUCAGAGCCAGCUUCAGUUUUUGGUCCAUCGCCUACUUCCCAAUUUUGCAGAACAAUCCGUCACAGAGUACCCAGAAGAAGAUGGAAUGGUCAAAGCCAAGUCGACCAAUGAGAAGUCUGCAAAGAAAGAACCCACCAAGGAAGUGGCAGUUUCUCGUCCUGCUCUGAAGCUCAAUCGAUUCUUUGUGGAUCUGAGCAUGAGUGGUUUUGUGGUCGAGUUGCUUCGCGAGCGAGGAGGCUACACAGAAGAAGAUUCAUUGAACUGGACGGAUUAUAUCUUAAUUUGUAUCUCAAUCAAUCUGCGAUCCAGCUCAAUCUGCUUCUUCGGAAGAUGA